UGAGCAGCAGUGGGCAAGAGGAGCGGACUCAGUAGCAGAGUUGGGAGCCAGGGAUGGAUGUUACAUUUCUGCCUCAGGCUCUGUAAGGGUUGCAAACUGCUCUCCAUGGCUUAAAUGGGCGUCAAAGCAUGUCUCUCUGAUGGAAUGUACAUCCCCAAAUGAUCCAAUCCCUCAAGAACUAACUUCUAAGAAAAAGAAUAACCACCCUCUUCUUUCUACAAUUUGCUUGUUUUAAUGUCUGGCUUACUCUUAUGUUCAAAACCUGAAUUUUAAUGCUGAUAUUGCUCCCCUUUAAAUAUUCUGGUACACAGAAAGACAAGCGUCUGUGUCCAUUAAACUCUCAUCAGGAGAGGGUAGCAGCAGGACACAGAGAGGUGGAAGGAACUUGGAAGCACUCUGAGAAAAUGAAAGGAAAUACUCAGCUUUGCCUUUUUUAAGCCCGUUUGGGAAAGAUGAAGCUUCUUCCCUUAUGGAUGAAGGUAUUGGAGUUAGUCUGUUCAGCCUAAGCCCGGAGUAGUAAUUGAUCGGUGCCUGCUGCACCUUUUCCUUUUUGCCUUACACUGGACCCUACAUUGUAUUUGAUCACCAGUGGUGGCAGAACCUGAGUGGCAAAGAUGGUUGUAAGGAGGAGAAAUGUGAAAAUGUUUACAUUCGCCUUUUUGCUCAUCACGGUAACAUCGUUUCUGCUGAACUACACACACCAAGUGACCACGACCACCUGGGAUCCCAGACAUCUCGUCAUGCAGUUUUCAGAGCAAGUCCAAAAACUCUUCAAGUACCCCAGGAGACCUUGCAGCUGUCACACAUGCAUUUCGGAGAUGGGACAUUCCCUCUGGUUUGAUCAGAGAUUUAAUUCAACUAUGCAACCUUUCUUGACCUCACAAAAUGCCUUGAUCCCAGAAGACAGCUACAGGUGGUGGCUGAAAUUGCAAGCAGAGAAAGCUCCGAGGAAUUUGAACACUACUCUCGCAGAAUUGUUUGGGGUCAUUCCCGGGGACGGGGAUCCCCUGCAGGAGAGAGGUACUUACACGUGCAGACGAUGCGCUGUCGUGGGCAACUCUGGGAACCUCCGGCAGUCGCAGUAUGGCCGAGAUAUUGACUCCCAUGACUUUGUGCUCAGAAUGAACCGUGCCCCCACCGCUGGCUACGAAUCAGAUGUUGGGAGCAAGACCACUCACCACUUUGUUUAUCCUGAGAGCUACAAAGAGCUGGCAGCAAAUGUGAGCAUGAUCCUGAUCCCCUUCAAAACCCUGGACCUGCGCUGGGUUGUCACCGCUCUCACCACAGGCACCAUCAACUUCACAUAUGUUCCAGUUCCACGGAAGAUCAAAGUCAAAAAAGAAAAGAUCCUGGUUUACAAUCCAGCAUUUAUGAAAUACAUCUAUGAAAACUGGCUCGACCAUCAUGGGAGAUAUCCCUCCACAGGCCUUCUGUCUUUGAUGUUUGCUCUCCACGUAUGCGAUGAGGUGAGUGUGUACGGCUUUGGAGCAGACAGCAAAGGACACUGGCAUCACUACUGGGAAAACAACACUUCAGGUGGGGCUUUCCGGAAGACAGGCGUCCAUGACGGGGAUUUUGAGUUCAACAUAACUUUGACUCUUGCCUCCAUUGAAAAAAUUAAAUUUUUCAAGGGCAGAUGACCCUGGCCAUGGGGAGGAGUGGGGGCUGCAAUUUCCAACAUGCAGCAGAACAAAGCUCAGUGAAGAUGAUCUGGGUGCCAGCCAGGUUUGAAGGCGUGGACCUGCGGUGGAAUCGGAGCAUCUCAGACUGCAAGGAACUGGGCCGAGGACCGGCCUCCACGCUGCACAUGAUUUCCUAUCCACGAACAGCCGGGAGCUAUCAAUCAGUUGUGGGAAUAAAUUAGUCUCUGCUUAGGCUCUACGGCUUGAUUCUUGAAUUCCUGAUGAAAGAUCUGCCUGUUGCAAUUAGAGGAAACCUGGGCACAGGAACUGCUGUCUGUGUGUCCAUUCUUUCCUUGAGCAAGGCAGUAGAUCCUUGAAGAAGAGUGAAAACAACCUUUGGGACCUGAGACCCAUUAAGGCAGCUGUGAACAUCAUAGUAAGGAUUACCUCAAAGAAAUGAAUUCACUUCUGCUGUUGAUCUUCUUUUGAACUGUUUCUUCUGUUUUCUCUAUUACUUCUGUUUCCAUGCUGUAUUAAGGAAAAACAUGAUGAAGUUGCCUGGAGUAGUAAAUAUUUGAACCAUUGCCUCAUUCUGCAUUGAUAGUAUCUAGAAAAUAUGAAUCAAAACAUUUCUUAUCUUGUAGUAUUUAAUAUUGCUUCCUAUACAGCCAUAAUGAUGGAGAAAACAAUACUGAAAACUCCAGAAAAAAAAAUGGCCCUUUUAGCCACUUAUUUGUCUUGUUUUGUUA